CAGGUUCACGUCCAAGUCAAUGGUCUCGAUUGAUGUAUGGAUGGCCAGUCAGAUCGAGCGGAUUAAGCAGCAAUGGCCUGUCUGCUUCUUCUUAAAAGCUGCCUGUUGCCACUGGGCCGGCUGCUCCCAACUAUUUGACUGUUGUCACUUGCAGCUUUGAUAUAUACCAUCUUUGAAUACGACACUGCUCUACCAAGGAUAUCUAGUAGCUCUUUGUAGACAAGAUGUCGAGCGUUGGAGAAGGAAUUCGAAAGGUGCAGGAGACCCUCCAGGGUCUGUAUCCUCAUGAUAAGAAGCUGGCAGACCUUGCAAAGGAUACCACGGACAUCCAUACUGCCGGCUCAAUCACCACGGACCACGGAACAAAGGUCGAGAAUACAGAUGAAUGGCUAAAGGCAUCCGAUAGCUCAAAGUCGGGGCCGUCUAUGCUCGAGGAUCAGAUUGCCCGAGAAAAGAUCCACCGCUUUGAUCACGAAAGGAUUCCCGAACGAGUUGUGCAUGCUCGGGGAACUGGUGCAUUUGGGCAUUUCAAGCUCUUUGAGAGUGCUGCAGAUGUCACUUCGGCCGGAGUCUUGACUGACACGUCUCGCACUACACCUGUCUUUGCUCGAUUUUCUACCGUCCAGGGAAGUAGAGGAAGUGCAGAUACCGUUAGAGAUGUCUGUGGAUUUGCGGUCAAGUUCUACACUGAUGAAGGAAAUUGGGAUCUCGUGGGAAACAAUAUCCCCGUCUUCUUCAUCCAGGAUGCCAUCAAGUUCCCGGACUUUGGUAUGCACUCCUUUUCUCCAUUUACCUUGUACACAUAUACUAAGAUCCUGCCUAGUGCACGCCGUUAAACCGGAACCUCAUAAUGAAGUCCCUCAAGGCCAAACUGCCCAUAACAACUUCUGGGACUUUGUCUUCCUACACCCCGAGGCUACUCACAUGUUCAUGUGGGCCAUGUCUGAUAGAGGUAUUCCACGUUCAUACCGUAUGAUGCAAGGAUUCGGAGUCAAUACCUUUGUUCUCAUCAACAAAGAAGGAAAACGCCAUUUCGUCAAGUUCCACUGGACUCCAGAACUCGGUGUUCAUUCACUUGUCUGGGAUGAAGCCCUCAAAAUCGGUGGUCAAGAUCCUGACUUCCACAGAAAGGAUCUGAUGGAAGCCAUUGAUAACAAGGCCUAUCCCAAGUGGAAACUUGGUAUUCAAGUCAUCCCUGAUGAUAAAGAGCAUGAUUUCGACUUUGACAUCCUCGAUGCAACCAAGAUCUGGCCUGAAGACUUAAUCCCUGUUAGAUAUAUCGGUGAGAUGGAACUGAACCGAAACAUUGACGAGUUCUUCCCUCAGACAGAGCAGGUUGCCUUCUGUACCGGCCAUGUUGUCCCAGGCAUUGAUUUCUCAAAUGAUCCUCUCUUACAGGGCAGAAACUUCUCUUACUUUGACACUCAACUCUCGCGUCUCGGAACGAACUGGGAGGAGCUGCCUAUCAACCGUCCUGUCUGCCCAGUCAUGAACCACAACCGAGACGGACAGAUGCGCCACAAGAUCACUCAGGGUACCGUCAACUACUGGCCAAAUAGAUUUGAAGCAUGCCCUCCAGCCAAGGUCGGGGAAGGAUUCCACUCUUUCCCUGAAAAGAUAAUGAGUAUCAAGCAGCGAACUCUCAGCAAGAAGUUCCGCGAACACAUCAACCAAGCUCAGCUUUUCUACAACUCUCUAACUCCAUACGAGAAGAAACAUGUUCAGAAUGCCCUUGCCUUCGAACUGGAUCACUGCGACGACCCAACCGUUUAUACCCGCGUAGUCAAACGUCUGGCUGAAAUUGACCUCCCCCUCGCACAGGCUGUGGCACCUCUUGUCGGGGCAGAAACUCCCCAAUCUUCGCCCCGUCCUAACCCGGGCCUGAAAACAAUCAAUCUAAGCCAGGCAGAGAUUAACCAGACCCAUCCCCAGACUGGCAGUGGUACACCAACCAUCAAAUCCUGCCGUGUCGCCAUUUUGAUCGGAGACGGCUACGACCCGGUAGCAUUCAUUUCGGCCAAAACAGCAAUCAAGGCUGCCGGAGCCCUACCAUUCGUCGUUGGGACUAAACGCCAGCCUAUCUUCGCUGCACACCAGCAUAAAGAAACAGAUAAGGGCGUCGUACCUGAUCACCAAUACGAUGGUGCGCGCUCGACCUUGUUUGAUGCCACUUUUGUUCCUGGCGGUGAACAUAUUCGCAUCCUAAGCAAGAUCGGCCAGAUCAGAUACUGGAUUGCUGAAUCAUUUGGUCAUUUGAAAGCCAUCGGCGCCACUGGUGAUGCAGUCAAUCUAGUUGCUCAGGUGCUAGGCACAGACGUGCCGCAGCUCGAAUUUGCGGAUUCUUCUUCGGCCGGGGUCGUGGAGAGCUAUGGUGUGGUUACCAGCUGUAAGUUGCAUGAACCGGAGAGCCUGACGGAAGGAAUCAAGAUAUUCAAGGAGGCCAAUGAUUUCUUGGGCAAAUUUUUCUACCAUAUCUCUCGUCACAGGAAUUACGAGAGGGAACUUGAUGGGCUGGCAUCUUCGCUUGCUUGGUAAGGAUGAGCUUCAGAUAUUGAGGAUUGUCUAGUUCUUUAUCUACUACUUAUUUAACCUAUCUAUGAUCAUUUUGUGGGGAGAAAAUUAAUAUGAAAUAAUAAUUCUUUUUCAGCAUCGAUCAUGAAAGUGGAAGGUGAAGAGAGGUGGGAUAUAUUUAAUUGCCUAAUUAUAAGUAGAUAUCUGGAGAUUAGGUUCACAUCUAUAGGAGACAUAUUCCAACUAUCACUGGAGAGGAAGGUAAUGGAAGGCUUCCUUACUGCCUGAACCAUCACAACUGGGGUUCAUAGUAGUCUAUGUGAAUGAUAAGGCCGUUCCACCUAUAUGUGUAAUCUAUCAGAAAAGGCACGAAGUAAGCCCACACUCUACUUAUAUCGGAGGUAAUGAUACCCUAUACACCUAGAAUAAUAAUAAGGAACUCAUCGUAUUAACAAUAGGUAUCUAAUAUGUAUAUAUCGAGUUUGCCAACAGUUCUUCCAGUCCCCUAUCUAUCUAGUAGGGUCUGGAUAUCAAUGUCUAGCGCUUAGCUAAUUAGCAGGAUGAAAGCCCUAGCUAACGGCAUAGGUAUAGAGUACCAUCCUUACAUCCAGCAUAUGCGUAUCUCCAGCCUUAAGGGGGUAUGUCCUCUUUCGUAGUGAGGGGUGGUGAGGGCAGUGAGCGGCAGCAGAACCCGCGAUGGCCAAACACGUCGGCUUUAAACGAAGAAAGCGUACGCUGAAUCUUCCUCUUCUUUUCUCUUCAUCCCUAGCAGUAGCAGUAACAAUACCAGCAGCCAAAGUACAGUAGCAACGACAGCAGCAACAACAACAGCAGUAGCAACAACAGUAGCAGCAUAGCAGCAGCAGCAAUAGCAGCAACAACAGCAAGCAAUAGCAACAAGAAAAAUGGCUGACAACAGCACCGGGGCGGAUCCAGGGGCGGCGUGGCCCGCGCUCAUUUCCCUCAACUUUGAGGGGAUUGCCCAACUUGGGGCCCCUGCGAUAAUAGGGAUCAUAUCCACCUUUGGCUGUUGUUUUGGCCCUUGGACCAGAAGUCUGUCGGGAGCCAUCGGCUCUACCAUGUAAUUUAUAACCCUCCAAAAGAAGCCUGAUAUGACACUGACGUUCGAUUAGUCGCGAUUGGACGGGCUACCACUGUCACUGCCACUGCCACUGCUCCGAUUGCUCCCCCCCCUCCUUAUACCACCG